UGCUCUCAUCCCAGCUGAAGUGCAAGUUGGAGAGGUUCUGGAGGCUCGUUUGCUACUACCUAGGGUAGGAGGGCUGGCGGUAUUCACUUCAGUGCCCCUCUGCAGCCCUUUGGCGUGUUAUCUGUCUUAUUGCUUUGGCCUUGGUAACUGCAGUCCGCUGAGCGUGCAGCAAGGAGGUGCAGCACGGGAUUUCAGCACCGGAGCUGUCCAUUCCUAGCAGUGAAGUGCAGUCUGCAGCACAAAUUACACCGUAUCAGUUUCACUACGGCACGACACGUCCUUGUUUGUGGAAGACUGGAUUCCAGAUUUAUGGGUUAUAUUUAUUCUACAAGAAGACAAGCUGCACAUUGAAAUGCUAUUUUGACUUUUCUAAAUCCGAACGAGAGAAAGCAAGCCAGAGCAACACUUAAAAAAGUCAGCCAUGGGGGUGCUGAUGUCUAAGAAGCAGAGUGUGGAGAAGGUUCAGAAGGUCAGCGUGGUGGUGUCUGCCUUCAAGGAAGGUCUGAAGGACAGACCCCCACCAGCCCGCAGACCUGAGGCUGCAGAGGCCGUUGAGGAGAAGCCCGUCGAGAGUGCAGCCGUGCAGGAGGAGGUGCAGGUGAAGCAGGGGCCCUCCACCACCCAGUCUCUUCCCAGGGAAGAGGGCAAAGACAAUGAGGCUGCCUGGUCCAGACUGCGGGACGGACGGGGGGUGGAGCCAGAGGAGUUGGAAAGAGCCAAUCAGCUCACCCCUCCGGCCUUCGUCAGGCCAAAACGAGACGUCAACGACGAUAAAGCCAUAGACAUCAGACUGGAGCAGUGGGAGCAGCCUGUGAAUGAUGAGAUGUGUGAGAUUUGCGAGGUGUGGACCGCGGAGGACCUCUAUCCCUGUCGUGUCUGUACCCGGGUGUUCCACGACGGCUGCCUGCGGGAAAUGGGCUACCUGCACAAUGACAGUGUGCAGGAGAUCACCGAGACGGCACACACCUCCAUGGGCUGGAGCUGCUACUACUGUGACAACAUCAACCUGCUGCUGACAGAAGAGGAGGUGUACAGCCUCAUGGAGACCUUCAAGCAGUGCAAAAUAAUCCCAGAGUCCAGCCUGGGGUCUGAUGACUUCCUCAGCUACAAGCACUUUGUGUCGAGGCAGCUGUUCGACGAGCAGAUGACUGAAGAGAUGGAGGAGCUGGAACUGGGGCAGUUCUCUGCCCUGGACCCUGAGAAGAGGGGGCAGAUCGAGUGGGCGGACUUCCUGUACCAUGAGUCCAUCAGGGUGCUGGAGAAGUUCCGCAGCCAGAACUCUCUGGUGCGUUUGCUGACUGCGAAGGAGAGGGAGCGAGCGAGGGCCUCCUUCACUGCCCUCGACCAGGACAAGGACGGCCUCAUCACAGGGGGCGAGUCAAAGAAAGCACAGCACACCUGGUUCCGCAAGCACACCAAGGAGUCCCAGUCCUGCAAUGUGAGACUUGUUGGACUGUGUUCACCUGUGUUGAAUUUCAGCAUCAGCCAUGUGGGUCCGAUAUCUGAGAGCAGCCCGGCAAGCUCUGGCAGCGGGAAGAGCCGAGAUCAGGAUGAAAACAGACAAGUGGACUGGCUGGAGUUUCUGAAGGAAAAUGCCAUCUACAUCUUGGCAGCUCGUCCGAACAGCGGGGCUGUACACCUGCGGCCGCCACUGUAACCCAGAGGAGGCUGCUCAAGACCUGAGGAAGAGAUAACUCCACAUGCUCCAGCACAGGAAAAUGCAAGGAACACAAACAAACAAGCGAAGAAAAAAGGCACAACUUACACAGGCAUUUCUGUUCACUGCAAGGAGGCUGCAACCUGCGUAUUAAUUUGAGAUUCAAGUUAAAUAUUGACUGAUUGCUUUAAUGAGUGUGCUGGCCGGGGCCAGCACAGGUACAAAAGCUAACGGAAACAUUACUGUAUGUAUCUUUUAUUUAUGUGUUCAUUUAUUUAUUCUGACAUGGGUCGAUUUGUCUGUGCCACCCAAGUCUAGCACAGUUGUAUCUCAUUAGCACAGACGCUAAAUCCAAGAGAAACAGAACAUCCAUUAGAACCCAUUUUAUACGAACAACUGGUAAAUUGUCAUGUAAAUGCCUGUUUGAUUUGAUACUGUUGAAGGUUGGGAGAAAACGAUUGCUGUAGUGAUUCAGAUAAAGGGGGUUUACUGUAGACGUGAGUGAAGACGCGUAUAAAAUAACAUUAACCUUCACACUGAUUGUGUCAUAUAUACAUAUUUAUAUAUACAUGUAUAUCUUUCUCAGAACCUCGCUGUUUGUGAAAAAAUGAAAUGUGACUGCUUAUGAAACCCAAUUUAAAACAGACCCCUGUAGAAUAUAUAUAUAUAUAUAUAUAUAUAUAUAUAUAUAUAUAUAUAUAUAUAUAUAUGUGACAACGUAGUCUCUGUUUAGUCAUCAACAAUGUUGAGUCUAAGACCAAUCAUAGUCCACUUGUUUGUUGUUCACAGACACUGGGUGGGUAGCACACUCAGGGUAGCUCAAUUAUAUCCUUAAAAUCAUUUUAGACUUGAUGUUGAAAAAGUAAAAAGCAAGCGGCAAAAAAAUGUCCAUCUAAAAAACUAUUCCUUAUUGUUUAAAAGCACGAAACACACAACGCGUUUCGACAAUACAUGUCUUCAUCAGGUGUUGAGAAUUAAGAAUAACAUGAGGUGAAUCCAAUAUAUAAGUCAGUAAAUGAAGCCAUUCAGAUUGAAUAGGUAAUUGAAUCAUUAAUGAAAAGCACACAAUUCAAGUUAAUUGGUUCUGACAUAUACUUCAAUGAAUAUGAUAGAUGUAAAUAUCAAGAUUCAUUCAAUAGGAGUGCAACUACAUAAAGGUGAAGGAACUCAAAGGUGACUCAGAAUAUAUAUCUGUAUUUAAACCUGUAUUACAUAUAGUCUAUAUCUCAAAUUCAAUACAUAUGAAACAUCCAUUAGAGUGGAUUAGCAUAGAUUGUUACAGUAAUAAUGCAUUGGUUAUACAUGCUUUAGAAACUCACAUUUUUUCAAAUAGUAUAUUGCGAUUUACAGAAAAUAAUUAAGUGUCUCGUUUAGACCAUAAGGUUCCAUGGAUUUAAGUGUAUAAAUCUAAUAAGCUUCUCUUUGUAACAAAUUAUUAACGAUAUUGCAACCUCUCUCCGAAAGGCAUACUUUUUCAAUUCCAAUCAAUCUAAGGCUAGAAACAGAGCCAUGAUUACAUUUAAUAUAAUGUCUCGCAAUCGCAUAGUCCAUGUUGGAGUUAUGUAUAGCUGCCUUAUACGUAUUUGUAAUUGUCUUUUAGUUUGUCCAACAUAGACUAGGGCACUCUCACAUUUCAGUGAAUUUUUGGUAGAGUAUAAAACACUGGAGUGAUAGGGUAUUCCACUUUAAAAAUUCCCAUUGGGUCUGAGUAAUCACAUUACUUUCUAUCACUAUAUUUAACAGACCAUCUCUAUUUUCUCUGAAUUCAAUUAGUGGAUCAUUGCUGAGUGCUCUAUAAAACUCUACGUUAUGUAGCUGUCUUAGAGUUUCAGCAAUAUAAUCAUCACUAUUCUGGAUUAUAAUCGAACCCCCUUUAUCGGCAGGUUGAAUUACAUGGUGCUCACAAAGAAUGCAUUGUAGCAGACACCUGAGAACAGAUACAUUGGGCAGUGGUAACAGGGCUUAAAAGUGCUGGGAGUGACUGUGUUUUCCAGACAGUGGAUAAAAAACAGCUGUCCACCUGUAUCAGAAACUGUAUCCAGAGCCACACGAGAGAGAUGAUGAAAAUCAACAUUAGGGAAAUGAAAUAUGAAUUUGGGUGGUCAGGACUGUUUUGUGUUAAAACUGUAAACCUAAAAUGUAAUGAGAUUGAGAUUAGAUUUUAAAGGGCAACCCUUUUUAUUAUGUGAUGGUUUUCUUCGAGGGACCCAGCUGUAGUUUAACUAGAUGUUUUUUUAUGAGUUUGAUGAUCAUCAAAGUUGAUGGAUUCAAAGCCCAGGUCACAAAGAUCCAUCUAUAAACAAGAGUUAUGUAACUGCAAAGUUAUGUAACUGUAAAUUAUGCCAUUUGUUGUUUUUAGACCCAGGCAUACAGAUCAGUCCUUGAAGUGAAGAAUAUAAUAAUACAUUGAUGUGAUGAUACAUACAUGUAUGAUUGCUGAAUCAAUAAGUUACAUGUACAGCAGAUUAUAAAUGUCUAACCUCUGCUAAAGGAACACAUUCUGCAGAACAGAACAUGUCCAAUCUACACUCUACGUCUCAAGAUCACAGCUGAUUCUUCAAUCAACCCCUUUCCCACGCUCCUAAACGCUUUGACUGCUGCACUCCACCGAACCCUUAAAGCAUCAAGAAGCAGCCCUGUGACACCAUGUAUAAAAAUAUUCAUGUUGCUGCAAAAUAACGCUGUAUGUAAAGAAAGCAUUUACAAAGCCAAUAAAGACGAUGUGAAUUACAUAACUGCAAA